AUGUUCUCUAUUAUUAGCUUUACCAGUAAUCAUACACCUUUACGGUGUAUAGAUUCUGAAACCAAAUUGUCUGAUGGUAGUUUCGGCAUUGCUGUGCAUCCUAAAAAUGUGUUGGUCAGUUAUAUUCAAGAUAUAUACUCCAAAACACAGCUAGGGGAGUAUUGGGUGUCAGGUAUAAUUGUUGAUGUAGAAAGUUUAAGUGACUGGUAUUACAUUUCUUGCAAGAGUAAUUCUUGCAAGAAAAAGCUUGCUUCUGAUGGUGGUAUGAUGUAUUAUGCUGGGUGUAAGAGUUAUUGGCAUGAGGGAGUUGUGAGGUAUAGGCUUAUUGUCCGUGUUGCUGAUCAUACUGGGGAUGCUCCUAUGCUGAUGUGGGAUCGUGAAUGUGCGGAAUUGGUUGGUUUGUCAGCUGGUGAAUUAAAGGCUAAGUAUGCAGUGGGGAAUGGCUGUAUUCCAUCUGAGUUAGGGUGCUUGCGUGGCAUGUCAAUGUUGUUUCGGAUUGCUAUGAAGAAAGAGCAGGUUGAGAGUUACUAUUCCGCAUUCACAGUACUUAGGAUUUGCAAGGAUGAAGCAUCUCUUACACAGUACUGCUCAAGUCUAUCAACUGGCAUUUCACAACCAACCAUUGGUCCAAGUGAUGUAGGUGGUUUUCUGGAUGAGGAUGAGGAUGGUGAUGUCAGUUCUGAGGAAUGCUUUGGUACUGAUAAUGAAGAAUGUGUUGAGGUGGAUGGUGGUUCUCAAGGUGUCAAGGUGGACAAGUUUCGUGGCUUAGAUGACAUUGAACCUGGUGUAGGUGUUAGUGGUGCUGUUUUGCCUCUUAAGAGGUCUUUAUUUAAAGACUUUGUGGAUGUUGGGGCUUCAAAGAAGGGUAAGGAAGUGGUGGUUAAGGAAGAAAAGUAA